AUGGCAGUGAUCCAACGCCAGUUUUGGAUCAUCCGAGCCAGGGACGCUAUUCGGUACUUUACACGAAAGUGCGUGAAUUGUAUUCGACAACGAGCCAGCACCAUGCAGCAAGUGAUGGCUGACCUCCCAGCAUUUCGCGUCAAUCAAUCCCGACCCUUUCUCAAAUGUGGUGUGGACUACGCUGGACCCUUCAUGCUCAAGCCCCUACUCAAAAGAAGCAAGAUCACAAUCAAAGCGUAUUUAGCAGUAUUUGUAUGCUGUGUAACUCGUGCCCUCCACCUAGAAGUCGUGAGUGACUUAACUACUGAGGCAUUUCUCGCCGCCCUGAAGAGAUUCAUUGCCCGCAGAGGUCGACCCACCGAUGUCUACAGUGACUGCGGUACCAAUUUCGUUGGAGCCAUGAACGAGAUGAAGGAUGUCAUGAGACUUCUCCUUUCAAAAUCCCAUAAUGACAAGAUUGCAAAUUACAUGUCAACUGAUGGAAUAACCUGGCAUCUAAAUAGUCCUGCCUCUCCCCAUUUUGGAGGACUCUGGGAAGCAGGAGUGAAAUCUAUCAAGUACCACCUCCGCCGAGUGAUUGGCUUGCAACGCCUCAACUUCGAAGAGAUGACGACAGUAAUAUGCCAAAUAGAAGCAAUCCUUAACUCAAGACCCCUCACAGCAGAAUCCACUGAUCCCCAGGAUUUAGCUGCCUUAACGCCAGGCCACUUCUUAAUCGGUGCCCCCUUGACUGCAAUCCCUGAACCGUCACUCGACCACAUCAAGCAAAAUCAAUUAUCCCGUUGGCAACUGCUGCAGCAACUGAUGCAGUCAUUCUGGAAACGCUGGUCUGCAGAAUAUCUCACGCGCCUACAACAACGCCCAAAGUGGAUGGCUGGAAACAAGAAGAUAUCAGUUGGUGAACUGGUACUUAUCAAAGAUGAGAACCUCCCCCAAUUGAAGUGGAAGCUCGGACGCGUUCUCGCCCUUCAUCCUGGACCCGAUUCAAUCGUUCGAGUCGUCACCCUCAAGACAUCCAACGGUGAAAUCAAACGCCCCAUCGUGAAAAUUUGCCCACUUUCCGUACCUUCAUCCGACCCCAAUCAAGACGACGAUUUAGUGCUUACUUUGUAA